AUGGCAAGUGUGGAGCAAGUGUCUGCUGUGGGGGAGCUUCUGGUGGACCCCAAACAGGAGCUGGCCCAGCGCUUUCGGGCGCUCUUCACCCUGAGGAACAUCGGAGGGGCAGAGGCCAUCGGCUGGAUCAGCAGAGCCUUCAGUGAUGAGUCUGCUCUGCUGAAGCACGAGCUGGCCUACUGUCUGGGGCAGAUGCAGGACAGCCGGGCCAUCCCCACCCUGACAGCUGUACUCAAGGACGUGCAGCAAGACCCCAUGGUGCGUCAUGAAGCAGGAGAGGCCCUGGGAGCCAUCGGGGAGCUGUCAGUCAUGGAGCUGCUGCAGGAGUACUGCCACGACCCUGUCAUAGAGGUGGCAGAGACGUGUCAGUUGGCAGUGGCCCGUCUCCAGUGGCUGCAGUCUGGAGGGGAGGAGGGGAAGGAGGCCAGCCCCUACAGCUCUGUGGACCCUGCCCCCCCGGCCCCCCUGCAGAGCCCCUUGGAGCUGCGCCGCGUCCUGCUCGAUGACAGCCUGCCUCUGUUCCAGCGGUAUCGGGCCAUGUUUGCUCUGAGGAACCUGGGCACGGAGGAGGCGGCGCUGGCCCUGGCGGAUGGCCUGCAGUGUUCCAGUGCCCUGUUCAGACACGAGAUCGGCUACGUCCUGGGACAGCUGCAGCACCCCGCCACAGUCCCGGCCCUGAGCGCAGCCCUGGAGCGGACGGACGAGAGCCCAAUGGUUCGGCACGAGGCGGCGGAAGCUCUGGGCUCCAUCGGCCACAGCGAGUGUGUGGGCGUCCUGCAGAAACACCAGACGGACGCAGAGAGAGUGGUGAAGGAGAGCUGCGUGGUGGCUCUGGACAUGCUGCACUACGAGAACAGUGAGGAGUUCCAGUACGCAGACGGACUGGUGCGACUGCAGGGCUGA